AUGGACGACGACACGAACGUCAAGGUCUUCUGCCGUGUGCGGCCGCCCAAUGACCGCGAGCGUCUCGGCGUCUCGUCUACAGGGGCCUCAAGCAGCUCUACAUGUCUCACAGCUUGCAGCAGUGGAUCGUCUGCCUCGUAUGUGAAGAAAUGCGUGACCGUCCCGGCGUCCGAUCCGGCGCAACAGACGCUCUUGCUGCACAGUAAACACGUCGGUGCCAAGACGUUCACGUUCGACCGCGUCUUUGGCGAAGACGCGAGUCAGAACGACGUGUUCAAAGUCAUUGGGGCGCCGAUUACGCAAGCCUGUCUCGAUGGCUACAAUGGCACCAUCUUUGCGUACGGCCAGACGGGGUCGGGCAAGACUUUUACAAUGCAAGGAGCAGAAGACGUGAUCAUCAAUGCUGACGCGACGACUCGGACGUCGCAGGAGCUUUCGCUACGGGGUCUUGUGCCUCGUGUUUUUGACUACCUCUUUGACAAUGUCGUGGCCACCGACAAACGAGCGCAUGUCCAGCACACAUUUGCGUGCUCGUUUCUGGAAAUUUACAAUGAACGAGUGUACGAUUUACUGGACAGAGGCAGUGCGAAAGACGCAGCAGGGCUGCAGCUGCGAGAAAAUGGACGCAAAGGCGUUCAUGUCGAAGGGCUGAUUGAAAGCGAGGUGACCAACUCAAAGGAAGCAGCGGAACUUAUGACGAUUGGAACGCAGAACCGACGAGUGGGGCAGACGUCGAUGAAUCGAGAAAGCAGUCGGUCGCACAGCGUGUUCAUUUUGCAACUACAGUCGAGGGAAGUGUCACCGCAAGGCACCAAGAUCCGUACGUCACGGUUCAAUUUAGUGGAUUUAGCAGGUUCAGAACGGCAGCGAAGUACUGAUGCAGUAGGCGAGCGAUUGAAGGAGGCUGGCAAUAUUAACAAGUCGUUGUCUGCGCUUGGCAAUGUCAUUCUGCGCCUAUCGGAACAAUCGGUAGGCAAACACCGUCAUGUGCACUAUCGCGAUUCCAAGCUGACAUUCCUGCUGAAGGAUUCGCUUGGUGGAAACUCGAAAACGUUUGUGAUCGCGACCAUUUCACCCGCAGAAGAGUCUGCGUUCGAAACGCUCUCUACUCUCAAAUUCGCUCAGAGGGCUAAGAUGAUUCAGAACAGUGCAAUUGUCAACGAAGACUCUGUAGGCAGUUCAGUUACUUUGCAAGAUGAAAUCCAGCGACUUCGACGGCAGCUGCAGCAGGCACACCAACAAAUCGCCCGUGGUGUCCCACAGUCUCGUUUGCUUGUAGAGAAAGGUUCUGCGUCGGCAGAGGUCGCUUUGAGUGGAGAUACUGCUACUGCGUCGUCUCAGCUUCUAGGGCUCUGUGAUCCAGCCGUUGACGCGCGUUUUCGUGAGCUGGAAGAAUCUUUUGCAAGAACUGCUGAGAAUAACGGGAAGCUACAGCGUUUGUGUGAACAUUUGCAGCUUAGAAAUGAGAACUUCCAAGUGUUGUCUACGAAACUGAAACAGAAUGUCGCGCAGCUAAAAAUGAUGCUUCGACUUCGAGGAAUCGGUGGCACAGGUGUGGAUGAAAACAAGCCUUCAGCAGAUGCCAUUGAGUGGAGGAUGAAGUACGAAGAGAUGGAGCAGCGUAUGGCUGUGCUCCAGGACGAGCUUCAGCGUUGUGAGGUCAAAGAUGCUGGUGACAUGGGGAAGGCCAGCAGCGAAGUCGAGAAUAUGAACAUUAUGAUUUUAGCUUUGACAAAACAGCUUGCAUUUGUGCUGCGCGACAAGCACGAUCUGCAAGACCGGCUGCUGCAUAGUAAAGCUCACAAUGACGAAAGCAUGGAGGGGUUCUCAUCUCAAGAAGCUGUAGAUUUUUCUGUCCGGUUGGACGAGGCACUCAAACAACAAGCAAACGAACACCAGAUAAAGCUGGACUCGGUUUCGUCCGUUAACGCAUGUCUGGAAGAAAAAGCAGCAGAGGCGUCGCUUCAGCUUCUACAAAUGAAGGAGUUUGAGCGCGCUUGGUCGAUUCGAGUACACGACCUCGAACGCCAACUUGCCGAUUCGGGAGCAGCUUUACGAUUUGCAGAGCAAGCUCGGUCCGUAACUGUUAAAGAGCUGGUCGAAGAGAAAGCUCGGACUGAAAAGAUGGAGGCACAGUUUGAGCGAGCGUGUGAAGGUAUGCAGUUUGAAUCUGAGACCGCGCUGGCCGACGCUGCCACCACAAAUCGAUCCCUUGAACGUUCAAAAGAGCUGCUGGAGCACCAACUAACUGCUAUUACCACGGGUCUUGAGCAACGCGAGCAUCAGAUUGAAAAAGCUGAAAGUGAGUGUGCUCAACUAAAGGUGGAACUGAUGCAACUAAAAGAGUCACAUCAGAGAACGGUUUCGGAACUCGGGAAGGCCCGUAUUGAGUUGGACGAAAGCUCGUUAGAAGCAGGUCAUCUCCGAGCAAAGGUGUUUGAUCACGAAGAUGUGAUAAAUGAGCUAAAGCGCACUGCAGAUGUAUCUACGGAGGAAAAGAUCGUUUUGGAAGGAAAGCUCGAGGAACUGAACGACUUCAUCAAACAGCUACAAGAAAAUGCUGGCAUUGCCGCACAACAACAUACAGAAACAAUUGGUUCGCUCAAACGUCAAGCACAAGAGCAUGAGUAUGUCUUGGUUGAAGACUAUAGUGAGAAACUUCGAGUGAGAGGUGAGCAGUAUCAGCACCUUCGCGCUGAGUUGGAUGACCGUAUAGUUAAGACGAGGGAAGCUGUUCGCCUCCACAGCUUGGCGCUGGAAGAGAAGGACUUGGCGCUCACUGCACUCAAGCAGCAGUCAGAUGAUGAGACACGGAAUUUUGAACUAGCACUGGAAGGCGUCCGACAUGAGUUGCACAAAAGUCUUGCCGACGUUUCCAAGCUGAGCGAAGAGAAAGUCAAACUCGAAUCAGAUCGUGCUUCUGCAGCGCAAGCGUUUGGGAAACUUCAGGAAGCUGUCAAGAAACUUGACAGCGAAAACAACAACAAGGCAGGCGAGAUUCAAAUUUUGUCGCAACGCUUAGAAGACUCGUUGGCGAAAGCGCAAAAACUGGACGAUCAAAAGGUUGAGCUGCAAAAGAAGUGCGAGCUGCAGUACACUCGGUUGUCAGCUUCGGAGGAAACUAUUGAAAAGCUUACGCGUGAAGUUGGACAACUGCAGCAACAAAUAAUCAUCGACGAUGUAGAUAACCUUCGCAAACAGCUUGUGUCCGUAAAGGAAGAUUGUUGCCGGGCUGCAGCCACGCAUUCCCAUCAGCUUAUUGAGCUUGUUGCUCAUGCGAAAAGGAAUGAGAAGCUGCAGCAAGAACUUGUUCAAAGCAAAAGCGCAGUACAUGAUAUGACGCAUAGUCUUGAGGAGGCGUUGAAGAAGACCCGAGAUGCUGAAGAGGUUGCGUCACGCCAGCAGGAAGAGAUGAUUUUGUACCAGGAAACCCAUUCCAAGCUGCGCGACGAGCUGAAAACCCUUGAGCUCGAUCGUUUGAAGCUGACUGAGGCGCUGAAAAUCGAGCAAGAGGCAAAGCAGGAUGUAGAGAACGCACUCGCUGAAGCCCGAGUGGCAUGGAUGAGCGAAAAGUUUCAGCUGACGCAACGUUCUCAAGAAUCGGUACUAGCUGUUGAGAAACGCGUCGAUGAAAUGCGUCUUCGUGCCGACUCUCUGUCGGCUUUAAAACGUGAGCUGGUGCAAGAAAGCAAGUCGCUUAAGGUGCUGGUUGUGGAGCAAAGAAGGACACUUGAGCAGCUUGAAGAUCAAGUCGCCGACAGGGAUAGCACGAUUUGUGUGCUCGAGUCCAGUGCUGCUCACUCAGUGGUUACCCAUGAUAAGCUUGCUGGUAACAUUGCCGAGCUGCAAGACAUGGUGCAUAACCUAGAACGUCAGUUGCUGGAGCAUCAAGAUCUCAAAGGCAAACAGGAAGCAGAGCUCGCCGAGAAGACAACCGCCGUCUCGGAUAGAGACGGUCUGAUUGCAACGUUAAAGGAUCGUGCGCGCAACGACAAAAUGGCAUGGGACCUUAAGACGCGCAAAUAUGAAGAUGAGCUGGGAUCCACACGUGUGCAGGUGCAGGCGCUGGAACAGUUGGUGACGGAGAAGGCGACGGCAUUAGCGAAAGCUGAGGAGUCAUUUUUGGCACUUAAGCACUCACUUCAGCAAAAGGUCGAGGAAAAGGAGAAGCUCUUGGCGCAGCAGACUGAGCGGCUGAUGCAUGAGAUCAAGCAGCUCCGUGCAACGGUAGAACAAAAGGACGGACAAAUUGAGCUUGCCACUGCUUCUGCAGCCGAGUUCGAAAAGCGGUUGGCGCUGGUUGAUAAGAGCGUCUCGGUCAACGAUCCGCAAGUGGCGACGAAAAAACUAGAGUCGGCUGACGAGUUGGCUAUGCGAGAAAGCACGAGUGCUGAGGCUAAGACCAUGUUCGAUGGGAAGGAGCAGAAACACGAGUGCGAUAGUAGUUGCGCUGAACGUGACUUUUCCGGAGAGCACGUCCAAUCCGUCCGAAAGGUGCUGGCUGCGCAGCAGGUAGUAGCUGAGAGCGUGGAGAGUGCUGAGCGUACUGUGGACGCGGCUAAAGCAAAGGCAGCACUUCACCAGGCUAAGCGUAAACAUCUUGCAGAAACGAUGAAGCUGCAGCGAGAAAUCCAAUGUUUGACCAAAAAGGUGGAGACGGUGUCGAAGGAGAACGAGAAGCUGAUCGGUCAUCAUAAUAGCCGCCAGAAGAUUCACCACCAUGUAAAGGUGAAGGAGGAGAAUAACCGCCUCUUGGAUCAGAUACGGCUGCUAACGGAUAACAAGCUCAAAUUGCAGCGCUCGCUCGAAAAGCUGCGGACGAUGCUCAAGGAGAAGGAAAACAUCGUGAGCAGUACGCCGCCGGCUCUAUCGCCAAUCUUGAACGUUCCGUCAAGUGGACCUCUUCAGGCAAAGAAAGCCAAGCGACCAAGUCCGGGCAGUGCACCAAGCACAACAGCAGUUCCUCCUGCAAAAGUAUCGACAAAGUUAGCAAUGCAAAGCCGACCUACCAGUCGAUCUGCAUCGCCUGGCCCACCAAGAAAGCGAGUAAAGGCACCUUCAAGUUCAUCAGGUCCGAGUUGGCAGAGGUAA